AAUUCGAGCAUAUGAUAGCAAAAUUACCGGCGAAAUGCCACUGCUUCACCAAAAAUAAGUAAUGUAAAUUAGACUUCGAGCAUAACUAAAAUGUUUAUUUGAAACGAGUUUGCAGUUGAAUUUAAAGAGUAUAUUAUUUUUUAAAUAAAUUUACGUCUGUUAAACUUACAAUAAUAUCAAAUAAAAUGCAACGGGGUACUGCCAAAAAUCAACAAAUCAACUUGGUAAAUACCGACAACAAUGCAGGAACUGUUGUUGACAAAAUGGCGCCACGCAGAGGAAGGCCGCGAAAAAUAGGCAAAUUGAAAACUACACAUCCAAUCAUUGCAACUGGUAGAGGACGUGGUCGACCGAAAAUUUCAAAUCUGUCAGCGGAAUUGAAUGAUGAUAUUGUCACAAAUAGAAAAGUUGUGAAGAAAACCUUAGAAAGCCGUCAAGUAAAGUCAAUUGGUCGUAUUGAACGACGUGGUCGGCCGAGAAAGCAGAAACCACGUAGCGACAGUGAAAAUUCAUAUUGUGAUGAAAAACCCGAUUUUGAAGAACGUCGCCCAGUGGGAAGACCCUCUACAGGCGCUGUAAAUUUAAAUAUUGUGCGCACUGGUCGAGGGCAAGGACGUCCAAAGAAAUUGCAAUCGAAAACGAACGUUACACUGAAAGUCACACAAACUGGCGAUAAUCAACCUAUUAAGAAACGUGGAAGACCCAGCAAGGGUGGAGUUCCCUAUAAACCAACGGGAAAACCGCGAGGGCGUCCUAGGAUCGAGAAUAAAACCUCACAAAGCGGUGAAAUAGUUGUUGACGAGAAACCCAUAGAAAAAUAAUUUUACGAUUGCUCCAAUAUAUAAUUUUA